AUGGUGGCGGGGUUUACUGUCAGCUUUGGCAGAUGCAAAGUACCCACAGGGUGUGCCGACCUCGGCUUCGGACCUAUUGCUUUGUCGCAGAUUCGAGAGGUAUGGUGUGAGCAAUUCGUGACUCGACAAUGUAUACGACGACAAUCACAGUGCGAACUGUCAAGUCUCAAACUAUCGGUCAAAUCAUUCGCCGGUAAACUCGUAUCUGUCAGGUGCAAUAAUUUCAACAACGACAUCGCGGCCGGAGCGUGCUCGUCAGUGGGCCAGCCCGAUUGCACGAAUGCAGCCUUUGAAGAAAAAGAUACGGCCAGGCCGCAAAAACUUCUCCCUGAGUCGCAGGCACCAGUGCCGGGGGGGGGGACUGCCAUUCCUACUGUUCUGGAGGUGUAG